UUGUUUUAGGGCGUUUGAGUAGCCGGUUUUUUCGCGGUCAUUGAAAUCCUGGUGUUACCGAAGGUCAUUGCCUUUCCCCGAGGUCGUUUUACAAAAAUAAACUCACCAUUGCCUGAAGAUUUUAGCGCUAGUCUAUCGUUGCCGUUUUAAAAUAAGUGAUUUUCAACUGCAGCAUAAUUUGCAUUGCGCAUUGACCGGAUGCAAUGAAAUUGAUCGAAUUACAUGCAUGGAAUUUAGUUUUGAUGUACAUUUUAUAGUUAGGUUCGUGUAGCAAGGGUGCAAAGAUGAAAAUCACGGACAGCGUGUUGAGGAGUUUCAGGGUUGCGAGAAAAUAUAAAGAAAAUUCAGAUAAAAUCAAUUGUGUAGUCUACAGUCCCAAUGGUGAGAACGCAAUUUCAAGCAGCAACGACGACAGCAUUGUUUUAUAUGAUAUCACGGAAGGAACGCCCGCUCAGACGGUGUACAGCAAGAAGUAUGGAGCAGACUUGAUCUGUUACACGAAUGGGGAUUCCCAAAAAGUCAUCUACAGUUCCAAUAAGAUGGAUGACACAAUACGGUAUCUGUCACUAACUGACCGCAAGUACAUCAGAUACUUCUCCGGUCACACUGCAAGAGUUACGGCUCUCUCCAUGUCACCUGUAGCGAACACGUUCAUCUCUGGUUCACUUGAUAAGACGAUUCGGAUCUGGGAUCUACGCACUGAAAACGUUCAGGGUCUAACCGAGCCCCUUGACAGACCCAUUUGUUCUUAUGACCCAGAAGGGCUCAUUUUCGCUGUAGGGGUGGAUUCGCAGUCCAUUAAACUGUACGAUGUCCGCGCUUUUGCCAAGGGCCCUUUUAAUUCAUUUGAAAUGAAGCUGAAUCGCACCUGUGACUGGACCGGCCUGAAGUUCAGCAAUGACGGCAAACAGAUUCUCAUCUCAACCAACGGGGGGAUGAUCUGCAUCCUCAACGCCUUCACUGGAGACGUGAUGCACAAGUUUACUGGCUACAACAACAGCAGAGGCUUAAACCUGGAGGCAUGUUUCACACCCGACUCCCAGUUCGUCAUGAUCGGCUCAGAGGAUGGGAGAGUCCAUGUUUGGAGCACAGAGAAUGCGAUGAAAGUCGCUGUGCUGGAUGGGAAGCAUCCGGGACCCAUCAGCGCUGUGCAGUUUAACCCCAGAUACAUGACUUUUGCCACCGCCUGCACGAACAUGUUGGUGCUCGAGUCGUGCGGACAGCCCGCACAAGGCUGGGACAAGGACUACGACCAUUUCCUGUUACCUCUGCUCAUGCCACAGCAGCCGUGCUACAUCCUCUACCGGCUUGAUUCCCAGAAUGCACUGGGAUACGAGUGGAUCUUCAUCGCCUGGUCGCCCGAUCAGUCACCAGUCAGACAGAAGAUGGUGUACGCUGCCACUCGUGCCACAUUGAAGAAAGAAUUUGGAGGCGGUCACAUCAAAGACGAGUUGUUUGGCACAGUUGAGGAUGAUGUGUGCUUCCAGGGGUACUUACGUCACAUGACCUCCUGCUGUUCUCCGGCGCCUCUCACAUCAGCCGAACAGGAACUACAACAAAUUCGAGUCACAGAGGGUCUCGCGUUCCCUUUACAAGAAGAGGCUAAGCGAGCUCUGCAGCAGCUGAAGCAGAAACGGAUCAACUACAUCCAGCUGAGGCUGGAUGUGGAGAAAGAGACCAUCGAGCUGGUUCACACCAAACCAACAGAAACACGGGAGCUCCCAUACAGGAUCCCCACGGAUUCCCCCAGAUAUCACUUCUUCAUUUUCAAACAUUCCCACCAGGGCCGCUCUCAGGAGGCAUUGGUGUUCAUAUAUUCCAUGCCUGGGUACACCUGCAGCAUAAAGGAGCGGAUGUUGUACUCCAGCUGCAAGAACAGGCUUCUGGAGGAGGUGGAGAAAGAUUAUCAGUUGGAAGUGACCAAAAAGAUGGAGAUAGAUAGUGGCGAUGGCUUGACUGAAGACUUCCUCUACGAGGAGGUGCACCCGAUGGAGCACACCUUAAAGCAAGCGUUCGCAAAGCCCCGUGGACCUGGCGCUAAGAGGGGCAACAAACGCCUUAUCAAGGGCACAGGAGAGAACGGCGAAGAAAUUUAAAAAAGAUGCACAUGCGCGCAUACACCACACACACACACACGCACACACUACACUACCACACAAACGUGAUAUACAUGUCACUUGAGUGACACUAUUUCGAUUGUACUUGUUUAAUUUUUGACCCCAAGGAUACAAAGCCAGAGCAAAGCAUCAGAAGAUACUGAACCAUCUAAUUCACUUGUGCAGGGAAAUGAUAAGUCUAAGGGAGUUUUAAUGUUAACAUCUUAUAAGACAGGACUGGACUGGAUUUUAAAGGGGAUGUACAGUAUUAUGAAUUUGACUUUUUAAAGGUGUCUCAGUAACAUGUUCGGGUCAAAAUACUCCAAAGGUCAACAAUUAUUGGACACUUGUAACCUUAUUUCAUGUCUCGCUGAAAUGAGCGAUUCAGGUAUCUCAUGCAAGGGAGUCAUUGUAUAUCCCGCCCCAUUUACUGUUGAGUCAGACUACAUGUGGAGCAACGUUAUGUGUCAAUGUGGCGCAAGUGCAGAACGGCUGGCUCACAGGCACAUUCUUAGAAACAGGCAAAUAAAAGAGUGGUGCCUUGAAAUGAGAAUGACUUGACAUGCAAGUUUGUCGAGAUCUAAGCCUUUGUUCGGCCGAUUUAUUUUUAAUUUGUAUUUUAUUUUUUUUGCUUGCAAGCACAGACUUGAGAUGCAAGUCCUGCAUGGUCACAGUGAACUGAACUCACAUCAACAAAAGAAUCACUUUGGCAAAUAAUGAACGGUUAUUCAAAAAUGAGGCUAUAAGCUGUUUAUUGCUACUCCCAGUUGAAGCUAACUGUCAAAAAGCAGAAAAUAAAGUCAGUUUAGUUGUCCUAAACUAAAAUAUUAUGUAGUGCUAUUUUAUCGAGUAGCACAUUUUUUAUUGUUUUUUUUUUUUUUUUUUGAGGGACGCUAUACUGUAAUUACACAGAAACCCAACUGUUCGUAUACAAUUACAAAGGACAUUUUCCAUAAUAUGUCCCCUUCACUUUCAAGGGUUGAAUACAUUCCUUUGUUUUCUUCAUCAAUAAUUUGUAUUAACUCGUUUUGGGCGACGGCAGGAAUGGCUUUGAAGUGUUAAUGGUUGUCCUGUUUGAACUUGUCGUCAGGUCUCCAUGACUGAACACAACUCGUGUACGUUCUUGUUUCAGUCACACUGCAGUGUCGCGAGGAUGCUCAUUACAAUAAAAUGUUUGUUAUCCUA